UUCCUCCGUUAUCGUUGUUGAGAUGUUCCAAACCUGGGCCAUGUCGCCACUGAUAGUUACGUUAGUUGUCUUCUUGGCGGUACCAUGCCAAUCCAAGUCGUUUAGAACACAGUUAGAAGGUCUUGGUGAAGCUGAGAAAUGUCUCAAAUGCCAUUUAAACGAAAAACUGAGCUUCCAGGAAUGUUUAUCCAAGCCUGAAGGACCGGACAAGUAUGAAAUAUGCCAACCAGCGAGGCCGGAAUGCAUGUCCCAGUUAUGGAAUUGGAAAGGAGGGAAUAAACUUGUAUUCGCUUCAGAGUGCCAAGAAAUAGAGGCAUGCUUCCAGGAAAGCAAGAAUGAACCUAAAUCAAAUAACUGUGACGAUCCGCCUAUUCAUGUCGCGACAAAGUGCCGUUACUGUUGCAACGAGCAGAAUGUCACCGUAGAACAUUUCUGCCCUCCUCCCGAACUACCCGAUGCUUGGGAGCUUUGUAGCUGCUGGGGCGAUCCACAUUGUCGAUCGUUCACCGGACGAAGGUUCACAGUCGGUGGGGAAUGUUUUUAUGCACUCUCCAAAACACACCAUGGAACGAGGAGAAUCUCCGUAGAGGUGGACUAUACCGAACAUGGAUCGCAGUUCCACAUAAAAACGUUGCGAAUCGAAGUAGCGGACAAAAAUAGACCAGAGGUGAUCCUAACCGUUGGUCCGAAUGAUGGCAUUAAUCCGUGUAUCAUUGAGCUGAAUGGUGUCGAAAUCGUUCCGAUUUUCCCUGACACCAUUGAACUUGAAGGCGUAUUUCUAUUGAAUAUGAAUGCUGACCACGUAGUUGAAAUAUCGAUGAAAAGACGUGACAAUGACAGGGAAUACAAUUUUGUUGUCCUAUGGCUUCCACAUCGCAUUGUUCAGGUUAUGCUAAAGAGAGACUUUCACAAACAAUUGGAAAUAGAAGGCAUAUGUGGUGACCCGGAUGACAACCCAGACGAUUUCCCUGAUAAUGCCCAGAAAUUUGCCGAUCAAUUCCAGCGAUGUUAUUAACCGCUUCACUUCAGUUACAUCAAUAGACAUAUACAACAAGUUAUUGUUUGUUUGUUUGUUUGUUAGUGAGUUUUAAUAAUCGGACGUAUGCAAGUAGAAUGGUAUUAUUCUAGUCAGUGUUCAAAUAACUAUAUUGCCGAGAAGUAAUAAAAUAUGAAUAUAAAAACGCA